GUGUUUUUUGCAUACAGACAAAAAAAUCUAUACUUUUGCAAAACCCAGUGCACUUAUCGCGUGUCUAUACAGUAUUCAUUUUAAUCCAGCACGCAUCUGUUCUAUUCUUCCAGUGUCUAUUGACAGAGAAUCUGUUCGUUUUAAAAACAGCGGCCUACGUGAAUAACACGCCACCCUGUACCCACGUGGCGCUGCACGGGUGCACCACUAUUACCGUAUAUAAUUUUUAUUCCGGGAGAAAGCAAAACUGCGUGCCGGCAGAAGGGGAAGACUGGCCUGAGUGUACUUUUUAACAUUUAAAUAGUUGAAAUGUGUGACGUUUUCUCCCUCACGGAAUGCGAUGUUAUCGGUUUUGAUUUGGACCAUACACUUUGUCGUUACCAUUUGCAAGAAACCUGUAGGCUUCUAUAUGAGAGCCUGGCUAAGUAUCUGGUAGAACAGAAAGGCUAUGACAAGGAUCUUCUAAAUGUAACCACUGAAGGCUGGGAUUUUUGCUUUAAAGGUUUAGUUUUGGACUUUGAAGAGGGAAACCUGAUUAAAUUGGCAGAAGAUGGAACCAUAUUAAGAGCAACCCAUGGGACAAAAAACUUAAGCACAAAUGAAAUUGUUCAGCAUUACGGAAAGGAACGGAAAUGGAAACAUUUUAACAAUUUAAAUAGUACAUUUACAAGGUCAGCUAAAUAUUAUUUUUAUGACAACUACUUUGACCUUCCUGGAGCCCUGUUGUUUGCAAGAGUAGUGGACUUAUUACAGAAGAAUGGGAAUCGGACUUUGGCAGAUUUUUCAAAGGAUCUUAUUUCUGCUAUAGAUCACAAUUACAAUAUUUCAGCAUUUAAAGAAAAUUCUGGCACAUUUUUUCCAAGUGUAAAACAAGACCCAGGCAAAUAUUUACAGCGCUGCCCGGAUUCUGUUAAGGCUUGGCUACAAAAUCUAAAGAAUUCUGGGAAGGUUCUGCUAUUAAUUACCAGCUCUCACAGCGACUACUGCCGACUUGUUUGUGAGCACAUUCUUGGACAUACUUUUGAGGAUUUUUUUGAUAUUAUCAUUACAAAUGCUCUGAAGCCUGGAUUUUUUUCACAAAUUCCACAUCAGAGACCCUUCCGGAAUCUCGUGAAUGACACAGAAGAUUGUAAUGGUCUGGCCUCACUAGACAAACCUGGCUGGUAUUCUCAAGGUAACUGGACACACCUCAAUGAUCUGCUCAAGAAAAUGACAAGAAAGUCUACACCCAAGGUAGUGUAUUUUGGAGACAGCAUGCGCUCUGAUGUUUUCCCAGCCAGUCACUAUGGAAACUGGGAUGUUGUUUUGAUCCUGGAAGAACUUGAAAGUGAAGUCAUCGAAGAAAAUGAAGUUAACUCUAAAGACAUUCGUGCAGAACCUUUAGAGAAGAAAGGAAAGUAUGAAGAACAAAGCAUUAGGAUUCCUUCAGCAACUUCCCAUCAGUGGGGCUCCUACUUUUUGGAUGACUACAAAGGUAUAAAUGAAGUGGAAGAAACACAGAAGUAUACUUGGUGCAGCAGCUGCAUUACCACAUACAGCACUAUCACAAUUCCAAGUAUUGAAGCAAUUGCAGAACUUCCGUUGGAUUUCAAAUUCCAGAGGUUUUCAUCACACAAACCAAGAACCAUUGGAUAUUACCCAAAAGCCCCUAUAUCUCUUAUGAAGAGCCACCAGAAGGAAUAAACGAUUAGCAGCUGUAAACCAGCAAACCACCACUGUUAAAUAAAGAAAAGUGUCUGCACAUCAUUGGUGCGUAAUGCUGUACAACUUUGCCAGAUGUUUGAGUCAUUUUCAGAAUUUAUGGAGCGUUACAUUAUUCUGUUUCACAUUUUGAAAUGUUUUAAUGCUCGAUUGGUAAAUAUCUACAUGUAAAAUGUGAACAUUUUCCUCUAUAUACAUCAUCCUGGUAUACAAUAUUUUGCAUAUCAAUCUCAUCCAUUAAAAUUCAUAUUUCUAGAAAACCAGCAACAUACUAAUUCUUAAAAUAUUUAAGAUUAAGAAGAAGUGUAAUUGUAAAGUGCAGCCACAGUCAGGGGUAUUAGGUUUCCUGGCAAGAUCUGAGAACAGAAAUGUGGAAUUAUAUACUAUAAAUCAAAAUAAUUGCUCAUUUCUGAUGCUUGUUAAUAAUACAUUUUGUUUAAAUGACAAAUUGGUUGAUAUUCUCAAUAUGGGUAAAAAACUGUGAACUACUACUGCACACAACACUUGCCUGAGCCAUGGUGAAUAGCAGAAUAUUUGGAGCAGAGUGCAACAAUGCUGUUUUUCAUAAUUUGAAUUUAGAUUGGAGCUUAUUCUUCAGUUUAUUUAGCUAUAUAUUUGUUUUCUCAUGUAAUACUUGAACUUACAUGUUUAUGCAAAACUGUGCCAAACUAUAUGACAAAAAUAUCUGUCUACAUUCCUUCAUUCCUCUCAAAUGUGCCAAAACAAACAUAUUUUUCUUUAUAUUGCCUUACCAUCCAUAUUUUUGACCACUAAUAAUGAACAUUUUACAACCAUAGUUAAUUCUUAUGUUGCACAGAUUUCUGUUUACUUGACUUAUAAUUUGACCAGUAGUACAGUAUACAUUGUGUAUUAUUUUGAAUGUUUCCUGUACCUUGUUCAGGUGCUUUAAUGGGCUGACCUGUAAAACAAAAACCAGUAAAUGAAUGUUAGUUGUGUUGCUCUUAACUUGAAUAUUCACACAUAUAAUGUACAGAAAUAUAUAUAGCAAGUACAGUAUAUUUCUUACAGUUAAGUAUAAAAAGCACAAAACAUUCUUUUAUUUCAACUUACUCAGCUUUCUUUUAAUUUUAAGUCAUAAUCAUCUUCAUGGAGAGUAAUAUGUUAAGAAAAAAUCUGAUAGUUUUUGCCAUUUGCUUGAAUGUUAUAAAGUGAAUUCUGUCAGAAAAAUAAGUUUACACUAUGCACAUUUUGUCUCUACAAAACAUCAGUACACAUCUGAGCAUAUUUCAAUGCAUUGUUGAAAUUAGUUAUAACAUUAAUCAUUGCAAAGUCUUAACGUUGUCAACCAGUGCAUGUACAAGUAAUGCAGUGUACGUUAUUAUGCAACAUCAAAUCACAGUGGAUUUAUUUUGCCUUUUGCCUUGGCAGAAAACAGAUCUCUGCAAAGUGAUUUAAAUUAAUUACAAGCAUAAAACAUAAAAUAAUGAAUUGCAUAAUUUUUCAUGUCCCUAAUAUGACACAUCCACAUCUUCAGUGGUACAGCCAAUUGGAUUUACAAAUCAUAGAAUUAUUUCAAUGGCGACCACUUGUCUGUAGUUAAGGGUUGAAAUGGCUGUAGUAUACAUGCCCCUGUAUCUGGAUGGUCCAACUUUUGGUGAGCCAGUAUGGUGACCUAAUCAAUGAAGACAAAAGCACACUCCAGGCAACUCUGUGAUAAGGUGAUUGAAAAGCACAUGUCAGUGGAUGAAGACAAAAAAAUAGCCAAUUUACUGAACACACCCUUCAAGUCCAGUUCAGUCAGCCAUUAAGAAACUGAAAGAGUAUGACACAGCUGUUAUUCUGCCUAAAAUAGGCGGUCCAGAAUAUCGGAGUGACCGUACAAGAAGAAGACUUGUGAGGAAGGCCAUCAAGAGAACAAAAAAAAGCAACAGUGGUUGUGACUGGAGAGACAUAUAACAUCUGUUGCCUGGGUGCUUCACCAGUCACUGCUUUAUGGGAGAGUGGAUAACGUACAUGACAUCUCCGCUAGAAUUCGACAGAAGGCACAUGGGAGACUCUGAAGUCAGCUGGAAGAAGGUUCUAUGUUGUAAUGAGAACAAGGUUGAGUUUUAGGGCCAUCAGACUAAAUGCCAUGUUUGAACACUGCACAUUGUCAAAAACACACCAUCCUCACUAUGAACCAUGGAAGGCUUGUGAGACAAGAGGAUAACAAAUGUAGCAAAAUACAGAGAACUCCUUGACAAAAACCCAAUGCAUUCUAAAAUAAACCUGUGCCUUGGGAGAAGAUCUGUUUUUCAGCAAGACAACAGCCACAAACAUAAAGCCAAAGCUUCUUAGAAGUGGCUUUAAAACAACAACGUUGUGGAGUAGCAGAGUCAGAGUCCACAUCUUAAUCCACUUGAGAAUUUGCGGCUGGGCUUUAAAAAAGGCAGGUCGCUUUUAAUCCCCAAGCAACAUGACAAAGCUUGAGCAGUUUUACAAAAAAAGAAUGAGGCCAAAUGUGUUCAGUGUUCAGCCUUCUUGACCUCAUGCUUUUACUUUAGAUGCCUUAAAUGCUUAUUUGGAUAUUUUCAACACUGUUUCUCUGAAUUAAUGAAGCAAUAUUACCUUAUUGCACAAAAGAGAUGCACAUUGCAAAGCAGUUAACAUAAAUGAUUCACUUGCUACCUAAAGAACUUGUAUGUUAUAUUUGUGAUUUUAGUGAAUCAGUAUUCUGGUACUCGCACAAUUUGAAGUACUUGUUCAGUGAUUUUAAGCAUACAGUACCCGGGUAUACUUUGUAAACUGUCUGUACAGCUUUUUUAUACUUGAUUCUUCUAAGAGUUUGAUAUGCCUGGUCCCUCCUAUUAGUUUUGUGUUUUAAUUAAAAAAUAGAAUGUCCUUAAGAA